AUGGAGCAGGAGGGGGUGUUCCCUAACAUUGACCACAGCCCUGACAUUGACAUCAACCCCAGCCCUGACAUUGACAUCAACCCCAGCCCUGACAUUGACAUCAACCCCAGCCCUGACAUUGACAUCAACCCCAGCCCUAACAUUGACAUCAGCCCCAGCCCUGACAUUGACAUCAGCCCCUGCCCCAACCCUGACAUUGACAUCAACCCCAGCCCUGACAUUAACCACAGCCCUGACAUUGACAUCAGCCCCAGCCCUGACAUUGACAUCAACCCCAGCCCUGACAUUGACAUCAGCCCCAGCCCUGACAUUGACAUCAGCCCCAGUCCUGACAUUGACAUCAACCCCAGCCCUGACAUUGACAUCAACCCCAGCCCUGACAUUGACAUCAACCCCAACCCCAAGCCCUGA